AUGAUGGUGUUACUUUUGUUGUUUAACAUAAUUAGUUUGGUCAAUUCAUCGAUAUUGAAAUGGUGUAAAGUUAAAGCCAUUAUAACUUGUGUCAAUCAGAACAAUAAAUGCCCUUUUAAUUAUGAGUGGAGUGUCACUGAUAACAUAGUGAGUUUUCAACAAAACUUAAAAACAGAAACAAUAACAUUUGAGUGCAAAAUACCGUCACAACUGUUGGUAAUCGAUUUUGCUGGUCAAACUCAUAAUUUGCUUUUUACAAAUUUUAACAACAAAUAUGUUUUUCACCAACAAAAAACGAUUCAAAAUACAACACUCAAAAACGUUCUUGAUGGAAAUAUAUGUGGAAAUUACCCAAAUUGUGCUUCUUGUUCAACCACAGGUGAUAUCAUUCAUUGUGAUACAUGUCUUCCUGGAUAUUUUAAAUUCGAUUCAUAUUCAUGUUCCGCUUGUUUUGUAGGUUGUUCAAAAUGUAAUGGGUUUGGUUAUAUCAAUUGUCAGUCUUGUAUAUCACCAGGAUAUAUCAAGAUUAAUUCAUUCUGCACCAAAUGCUUUUGGGGGUGUGCAACAUGUUAUUCACAACAACCUUAUUAUUGUUUAAGUUGUUUUACUGGUUAUGUUCUAAUGUCGAAUUUUUGUCGUAAAUGUCCAAAGGGUUGUACUACUUGCAAUGACACGUUAACUUGCAAUUCUUGUGACACCAAUUAUUAUUAUUAUGAUAAUUUGUGUUAUAGAUGUCCUGAUAGAUGUAAAACAUGUAUUGGCGAUAAAAACGGAAAUGGAAAUUGUUUAUCUUGUUUAGAUGGUUACUUUCAAAGUGGAAAUUUUUGUUAUCCGUGUUACGACAAUUGUGUGUCGUGUACAAGUAUAUUAGUUGCAAGUUGCACUUCAUGUAAAAGUGGUUAUUAUUUACAAAACGGAACCUGUCAUAUAUGUGCAGAAAAUUGUUUAAAAUGUACAAAUUUUGAAAAUGGAAGUUGUUUAUUAUGUAAAGAAGGUUAUUUCAAAGAGAAUGGUAAUUGUGUCUCAUGUUAUUCUGGAUGUGCAACUUGCAAUGGAACUUUGAACGGAAAUUGUUUUUCGUGUUUAACCGGGUUUCGACAGAACGGUUAUUAUUGUGAAGAUUGUGCGAAUGGUUGUCAAUCAUGCUAUGAUUCAAAUGUAGGACAGUGUUAUUCUUGUUUAUCGGGUUAUACUUUUAAUGACUAUUAUUGUUAUAAAUGCUCAAAUAAUUGUGAAUCUUGUCUGAAAGAUUUGACAACAUGUAUAACUUGUUUUGAUGGAUAUUACCUUUACAAAAAUUAUUGUCGUGCAUGUCCUUCAACUUGUCUUACAUGCAGUGGAACACCACAAGAUUUAAACUGCUCCUCGUGUAUUGAGGGGUAUCAUUUUUCAAAUGGAAAAUGUGUUCAAUGUAAUGAAGGUUGUACUUCUUGUAUAUCAGAUAAUAUAACAAUAUGUUUUUCUUGUGAACCAUUUGGAUAUUAUUUCGAUAAUAAUAAUUGUAGAAAGUGUUCUACAAAUUGCCGUUCUUGUGAGUAUUUAUCAACAACUUGUACAUCUUGUGAAGAUGGUAAUUUUUAUUUUUUUAACAAUAAAUGCCUUCAAUGUAUAAAUUGUGCAAAAGGAUUUUGUCAUCAAGAUGGGUGUACUCAAUGUAGUAAUUCUAAUUAUUACAUAUCUGGAUAUAAUUGUUUCCCAUGUGAUGAUAACUGUAAAACAUGUGGUACAAACAAAACAAAUUGUUUGAGUUGUGAAAAUGGCAAAUAUUUGGACAAAGGAACAUGUAAAAUUUGCGACAUAAACUGUCUUGAUAACACGUGUGAUGUUGUUAUGGGAUGCACUGCUUGUGCUGAAAAUUUUGAAGUAAAAAAUAAAGUGUGUGUAUGUAAAAGUGGGUUUUAUUUGAGUGGAAAUGACACGUGUUCAAGAUGCUUUACAAGUCAACUUAAUGGUAAUUGCAAAAUAUGCAAAAAUUCAGACGAAAUACUUUUUAAUCCAAAAUGUGAAACAUGCUAUGAACCAUAUGUUCUAUCAGAAAAUAAAACGUGUACUUUAUGUCAAGAUGGAUAUUAUUAUAAUAAAGGAGUUUGUAUUUUUAAUGACGGGAAAUGUAAUAAAAGAAUAAACAAAUUAAAGUGUAUACAAUGUAAAAAAGAUUUCUAUUUAAAAAAUUUGGAAUGUAUUUCAAAUAGUGACGAUGUUCACUGUUUAAAUAAAGGCAAAUUAGGAUGUGAAGAUUGUUCAAAUGGUAUUUCAAUUAAGCAAAAUUGUGGAAAUCGACAAGAAAAAUGUAAAUAUUAUAUUCAAAAUGGGAUUUAUAACAUUUCCAAUUGUUUAAGUUGUGAAGAUAAUUAUACGCUUACAACUGAAAACAACUGUUUGUCUUUAAUAAUUGACAAUUCAAAUAUAUAUUUACGAAAUAACAUAAUUUAUAUUUGCGAUGUAUAUGAUUAUCUUAGCAAUGAAAACAUAUGUAAGCAAUGUUUAGAAAACUCUGAAUAUAUGAUAAAUAAAUGUUGUUUGGUAAAUGAAAAAGGGGUAUCAGUUCUAAAAGCAAUUCAGUGCGAAAAAAGCAGACUUUAUGAUCAAAAAGAAACGACUUGUUUUGUUGAUGAAAAGUGUGUAACUACAAUGACUAAUGAUUGUGUCAAAUGUGAUAAAACAUCACAUUAUUACAUUCAAGAAAACCGUUGCGUUUUAAAAGAAAUUGAUAAUUGCGUAAAAUAUUUACAAAAUGUUUGUUUGCAGUGCAAAGAGAAUUAUUUAGUUACAGAUGGAAUUUGCAAAGAAAUUGAAUAUUUUUAUUGCGAAAAAUCAAAUGGGAUUUUAUGUACAAUUUGCUAUCCAAAUUUUUAUCGAGAUUUGACAACACAAGGAAACAUGUUCACUUACUGUACUUCAGAAAAAAACGAACAAAUAAAAUACGUAGCUUCUAUUCAAAAUGGCCCGGAAAUCGUUUUAGAAUGCAAAGAAAUAUGCACACUGUUUAACAACACUUGUUCUUUUUUUCAAAACAAAAUGACAAAUUUAAAAUUAUCAAAUGAAGACAACACGUGUGAAGUGUCAUCAUCAAAGGGGUGUCUGAAGUGUUUUGAUGGGUAUUAUUUGACUAUUAAAAACGAGUGUGUUUCUUGUGAAACUACCCAAUUCAACUGUUUGACCUGUAAAAAUGAAACUUACUGUCUUUCUUGCAACAAAGAUACCACUUUUUUGAACUCAAACAACAAGUGUGAAUUAUCAAGCGAGCUUUCUAAAAGAUGUCAAGUAAUGAUGCCAUCAAACACUGGCUGUGUCAGUUGUAAAGAUAAAUAUUUCAAAGAAGGACAGGAUUGUGUUGCAUGUGAUAUUUCUUGUGAGACUUGCCAAGAAGUAACAAAAUGUUUGUCCUGUGCAGACAAUUACUUUCAAAUACCAGGAGAGUCACCUUUGUGUUUAAGUUAUGAUGAUUUGACAAAUUGUGUGAAGAAAAGUAAAAGUGGAUGUUUGUUAUGUGCUGGUGGGUAUUAUUUGGGUACAACAGUUCCUCGUUGUAUAAAAUGUUCUUCAAAUUGUGCACUGUGUAUAUCCGAAGAAUAUUGUUCACUUUGUGAGUCAAAUUUCAUAUUAAUCAAUGAAGUCUGCAACCCACUCUCUGUCGUACAAUAUUGUGUUUCUGAGAAAAACAGUUUGUGUGAUAAAUGUGAAGGUAAUAGAAAACCAUCAGAUGAUGGUCUUACUUGUGUUGAUCAACCAAAUUACAUAUUGAUUAUCUCCGUCACAGUUGUAUCAAUUUUUAUUGUAAUUGUUAUACCACUUACAAGCACAUUAAUUGUAUAUUUAAUCAAAUUAAAUCACAAGAAAAACAAAGAAAAGAAAAAAGUGUGUGUAUUUAAUAUGAAAAAAUCAAACAUUAAAUUUACCAAAAUAUCGAAAAAAUUGGUUGUCAAUUUACCAGAACUGAUAUUUGAAAAUGAUUUAAAUGACUGUGGAGAAAUGACUGAUAUACUGGUGUCGGAGGAGACGCGUGCACUUUUGUGUAUUGGCAAUACUUCAAAAAAUAAUUUAAAGAUUCAAUUAAGUGUGAUUGCAAAUUGUGAAUUGUAUAAUAUCAGAACAGUUCCUCCACUCGUCACAUUAAAGAAAAAUGAAGCGUGUGAAUUUGAAAUAUUCUUGAACCCCACGUGUACUUGUGAAAUUCACGAUGAAAUAUUGUGCAUUUCGCUUGAUAUAAAAAAAGGGGAGCAAACAACUAACAAAAUAAAAAUCAAAGCAAAAACAAUUUUGACAACAAAAUUGAAUAACUCGGAUUUAUUAGAAAGCGACAAACUUGGGGAGGGAAGUUUUGGAAUUGUUUAUAAAGGCACUUUUAGAGGGAGUGUCGUUGCAAUCAAACGACUCAAAAAUGGGUGUACUGAUGAAAGUUCAACAAAAGAAUUUGCCAAUGAGGUGGCAAUGCUUGACAAAUUUAGAAGUGAGUAUAUUGUCUAUUUUUAUGGCGCCGUUUUCACUCCAAAAAAAAUCUGUUUGGUCACAGAAUUUGCGAAAUUUGGGAGUUUAAAUGACUUAAUCAAAAAGACCAAAAAUGACCCAAACUUAAAACCAAAUAAAAAGGUUCUGCAUAAAUUUAUAUUAGAUAUGGCAAAUGGCAUUUUUUAUUUGCACAACAACGGCAUUUUACACAGAGAUAUUAAGCCGGCAAAUUUACUGAUUUUUAGUUACGAUACAGAUGAACCAAUUCUGGCGAAAUUGACUGAUUUUGGAUCAUCUAGAAAUUUGAAUCAAUUAAUGACAAAUAUGACAUUUACUAAAGGUGUUGGAACACCAACUUACAUGGCGCCUGAAAUUUUCAAAAAAGAAAAAUAUAAAAUGCCUUCUGAUAUAUACUCGUUUGCUAUAACUAUGUAUGAAACAUUCGAAUGGAGGGAAGCUUAUUCAAAAGACAAAUUUAAAUUUGCGUGGUGUAUCGCAGACUUUGUGUCAAAUGGAAAUAGAUUUGAAAAAGAUGAUAAUAUAUCAACUGAAGAAUUUGAUAUCAUUCGAAAGGCGUGGUGUGCUGAACCCGAUGAAAGAAUGAAAAUAAACGAAAUUAUCAGUGCUCUUAAAUCACUUGUUUAA